AAGUUAUAAAGGUAACGUAACUUCCGGCAAGUCAUGGAGUUCUAUGUGCAUCACUUCUGUAAACCAGGUGUUAUGAUGUAGUCUUUCCUUUUCUACAGUCACUGGGUGACACACACACUAAAACACAGGAAGCGAGCACGCUGGAGUGGGUCGAUCUUAACGUUGGUUGCAGAUGUCGGUAGUGACCAUUCAGCUCGGCCAGUGCGGUAACCAGGUCGGUCAGGAGCUGUUUGACAUCAUUUGUAACGAUGCAGAGCAGAGUCAGAGAAAGACUUACAGCACGAGCUGCUCUGCGCGCUUCUUCCGGCCAACAUCAAAGGGAGACCUUGUAGCCAGGGCCGUGCUGGUCGACAUGGAGCCGAAAGUCAUCAACCAGAGCAUGAACAAAGCUGUGAAGUCUGGCAGGUGGAGGUAUGGAGAAGAUUCCCACUUCAGCCAGAAGCAGGGUUCUGGAAACAACUGGGCUAAUGGGUACUGCGUCCUCGGUCCUCGCCACAAAGAUGCAGUGGAGGAGCUGGUGAGGCAGGAGGUGGAGCGUUGCGACGCUCUUGCAGGGUUCAUACCUGUGAUGAGCGUUGCAGGAGGAACCGGGUCAGGAGUCGGUACUUACGUCACUCAGUGUCUCAGAGACAUCUACCCAACAUCCUUCAUACUCAACCACCUCACCUGGCCGUAUGGGACCGGUGAGGUGAUUGUGCAGAACUAUAACUCUGUGCUGACGCUGGCACACCUCUACCAACUCUCAGAUGCCAUGCUGGUGCACGAGAACGACACCGUGCACAAGAUCUGCAGCCAGCUGCUGAACAUCAAGCAGAUCUCUUUUAGUGACAUCAACAUGGUUAUUGCCCACCAGCUGGGUGGUGUCCUGCAGCCUGCACUCACCCCUGAUUCUUAUGGAGUCUACAGCAGAAAUCCUCUUGGUGACUUGGUGAGCGCUCUGGCUUGCCACCCUGAAUACAAGCUGCUGAGUGUGAGCACUGUCCCUCAGAUGCCCAGCUCCUCCAUCGCCUUCAGCACCUUCUCCUGGCCGGCGCUGCUCAAACACCUACGACAGAUGCUCAUCUCCAACACCAGGAUGGAAGUGGGUAUAGACUGGCAGGUGCGUCCGCCUCCAAUUUCAGAGCGAACCAGGAGCCUCACACAAGGCGGCUUCAACACCUCACUGGCCAACCUGCUCAUACUUAGAGGGAAGGACGUCUACAGCGCAGAGACGGGUGGUUUUGAGGACCCAGCCAUCUACACACCCUGGCUCCGAUCAGAAGAAGCCUUCAGCUUGUGGAAAUCUCCAGUUUCCUUCGAUAAGUACGAGAAGUUUGCCACUCUGGUUAGCAACAGCCAGGCUCUGCUCAGACCUUUGGAUGACAUGGUGAGGAAGGCGUGGAACAUGUUUGCCUCCAGGGCUUACAUUCAUCAGUACAUUAAAUAUAACAUUUCAGAGGAGGACUUCCUGGACAGCUUCACAUCUCUUGAGCAGGUCAUCUCCAGCUACGGUCAGCUGCAGUGCUAGCACACACCAACACGUACUUUUAUUGAAAAUAAGGAAUACUUUUGGGAUUUUAGUUUGUAAAUUUGUAAAUAAAGGAAUAAAAUGUCA